AUGAUGAUGGGGCGCCGCGCUGUGUGUGUCUCGGCCCUCGCACUGUGCUGCACGUUCCUUUGCGUGACGACUGCUGGGGCAAGUCCUUCAGCGACAGGAGACACGACCGUCACUGGGGCCAUCUUGGCCGCGAAAAGUAAAGGUGAAACAGCAAAGGGUAAAGUGGAGACUGCAGCAAAAGGAUCCGAAGGCGCAGUGGCCAAAGCCUAUGCUGCGUGGCACAAGGCUUCGACGUUACUGGAGGAAACGGAUGCUGCGCUGAAUGAGGCAACUUAUGCAAGGCAGCAAGCGGAUGAAGCGAUGACGAAGGCCGGCAAUGCAGUGACGCAGGCUGAAAGGGCCAUGACACAGGCUGAAGCUGCGGCGAAUCAGACUGCGGACUCGAAGGGUCACUCACAGGAGGCUGUUUCUGAAGCGGAGGCUUCGCUGAAGGAAGCCAGGACGCAAGCUGCUGCAGCGAGGGUGCAGGCUGACCAGGCGGAAGUGAAUGCAACGCGUGCGGCGGAUAGCGCGGCAGCACAAGACAUUGAGGCGGUGAAGCAGUUGGCUGCUGAGGCGAAGAAAGCCGCAGAGAAAGCAGAGGGGGAUGCCAGAGCCGCACUGGACGUUGCGAAGGAAGCACAAGAACGAACCGAAAACGCAAAAACACUGGCAGUCGCUGCGAUGGACAAAGCUGUGGAGGAAGGAAAUAAGUCACUGAAGGAAGUUCUUCUAUCUGAGGAUGGGAAAAACUAUGAGAAUGCACUCAACGAAGCAAACAAAACAGUGUGGAGCGCCUACAACAAAGUGCUGGAAGCGUGGGAAGUGGAGGAGACGACCUUUUACGAAAAGGGUAAGGCUGAGGUGGCUGUGCAGCGGGCUAAACUGGCAGUACAUUAUUCCAAGCAGGCUGCUGAGAAGGCUGUGAAGGCAGAAGCAGAUGUUGCAGCCGCCAAGCAGCAGGUCACUAAGGCAAAGGGGCAAGUUUCUUUGGCGAGAGAGCAGGCUGGCAAGGCAGAGAAGCUGGCUGCUGAGAAGGCUGUGAAGGCAGAAGAAGAUGUUGCAACCGCCAAGCAGCAGGCCGCUGAGACAGAAGCACAAGUCUUACAGGAAAGACAGCAGGCUGACAAGGCAGAGAAGCAGGCUGUUGAGAAGGCUGUGAAGGCAGAACAAGAUGCGGCAGCCGCCAAACAGAAGACUGCGGAGGCAAAGGCACAAAUAUCUCUGGAGAGAGAAGAGUCUGAGGACGGAGAAAAGCAGGCCGAAGCUCUGGGGGCAUCUGCCGGGAGUGCGCAGGGACAAACCGAGAAGAUAUUGCAGCAGGUCUCCAUUGAUGUGAAGGACGGGGCUGCGAAGAGCGGCGAGAUGUGUCUGCUGCUGCUCCUGGCGGUGUUGGCCUUCUCUGCCGUGUGCUGA